AGAUCAGUCCGCAAAAAGGACAAUCCCUUUCAAGUUUCAAGUUUCAAGUUUCUCUAUUUGCUACGCAGAUACAAACGCUACAUUCCCAUUUCCCACCAAACAAAGCCACAUUAAUUAGUAGACUCAACUAGCCAUGAGCCGAAAGAGAGAUAAACCCUACAAUAACUCCCGCCAUGUCCCAUACUCCUACCCAAAGCGGCGCCGCCCUAUGCCGCCACCACCACCUCCUCUGGUAGAAGAACCACCCAAAGAAAAACCAGCCCCACCACCAGCAGUUGUGGUGAUUGGGCUCCAAGAUGGCUGCUCAGUGUUGGACCUCAAGUCUAGGUUAGAAAUAUACGGGCCCAUAUCUCGGAUCCGGAUAGACCAACAAGGUGUCGGCUUUAUCUCUUUCCGGUCUAAAUCCGCCGCUGAUUCAGCAAUCUCCGCCUCCCUUGACCCCUCCUUCGGCAUUUCCAUCGACUCCCACCGCGUACAAGUGAUGUGGGCAAGUGAAAUGAAUGGAGAAGCAGGAGUUGGGGAGGAAAGGGAGAGAAAGAGUCGGAAUGAGAGUGUGAGCCCGAAUGCAAACACGUCGAAGCUGUUGAAGGGGGAGGCGCCAUUGAGUAGACAUGGAAGGGGGAAUAGGUUGAGUUCAGCCAUUGUUAACCCCAAUGCUAGCAGUAGUACUAGUUCUGUGUUGGAUGCCCCAUUUAAGGCCAGAGAAAUUGUUGCUUAUGAUGAUCUCUUUUAGUUGUAAUAGAGAUUCAUGUAUAUUAUUCGAGCUUUUUCGAUUUUGUUGAGCUUCCUUUGCCCUCAUUCUUGUGUAAGAUUACAAAUUUUUAGUUGCUGUGUUGUUGGUUUUAGUUUCUCUGAUGCCUGAACUGUGAAGUUUUUGAUGUAAUCCACAGAUGUCAUGUAAUUACAUAUGAAGUCUCGGUAUUUUUUUUUUUUCAUAA